AUGAAAAAUAACAUUUCCGGUUCAGAACUGUCAACAUAAAACACCAACUAUGUAACUAUGGUUUUUCUUUUUUUUUGUGCUUUUAUUUUGUCAGCAACAUCUCUCCACUUCCGGGUGCCAUGUGUUCAGGUAGACGUUAGCUUCACGCAAACUGGCGGCAACAGCGAAGCAACCGUCAACCCGGCUGUAAAGUGCAACAAAAUGAAAGCUGUCGGUUAACUUUUGCGUAUUUAUCACCGCACAGACACGGAUACACUUUGUUGGAUGUUGCAUAAACCGUGAUAUUGUCAUUUUUAUCCGCCUGGAAGAGAUCCUAGCGGGUUAAACUGAGCGACCGUCGGGCCUCGUCGUCGUCGUGGCCCAGCAGGACUCGAGUGAAGUUGUGUGAGCGGACUGAACUAACUUCUGCUUCCUCCAUCAAGCUCUCCGCGGGGCCCGGGGCUCCUGUCACCGGCCCUGUGGAUGAGGAAGUGAAUACACAAUCCACCCGACUACCAGGAGGAAGGAAUCCCUUUGAUGGGAGAAUCCUCUUUCCUGGCCUCCUGGGUCAAUCGCCGUGCCAUGAUGAUGGAUGAGCAGGAGGCGCUGAACUCGAUCAUGCAGGACUUGGCCGAACUGCACCGCUCUAGCCGUCCUGCCAUGUUCCUGUCGGACCUGGGCAAACCCAAAGCCUCCUCGCCCAAGAACCAGAAUGAUGUCAGAGUGAAGUUUGAGUUCAAAGGGGAGAAGAGGAUCUUGCAGUUCCCUCGACCUGUCAAGCUGGACGACCUGAAGGCGAAAGCUAAAGUGGCUUUUGGUCAGACGAUGGACCUUCACUACACCAACAAUGAGUUGGUGAUUCCACUGACCACUCAGGACGACCUAGACAAGGCCGUGGAGCUGCUGGAUCGCAGCGUUCACAUGAAGAGCCUGAAGAUCCUCCUGGUGCUCCAGAUCUCCUCUCAGAACACUUCCUCCAAUAUGGACCUCUUGCCGUCCCACGAGGAGCUGGACAACACAGGAUUCAGGGUCGCUGACAAGAAGAGUAUGCUGUCUUUGAUAGGCUCCCAUUCGACAGAUCGCAGCUCCCCUCCUCCAGGAUACAUUCCCGACGCGCUCCAGCAGGUGGCGAGGAACGGCUCCUUCACCAGCAUCAACAGCGAAGGAGAGUUCAUUCCUGAGAGCAUGGACCAGAUGCUGGACCCGCUGUCCAUGAGCAGUCCAGAAAACUCUGCGUCUGGAAGUUGUCCCUCUUUAGACAGCCCACUGGACAGUGACUACCCGAAGUCCAGGAUGCCCCGAGCACAGAGUUACCCAGACAACCACCAGGACUUUCCAGAGUACGACAUCCCAGUGUUUGAGAAGUCGGGGAAAGGUGGAACGUACCCUCGACGAUACGGCAUUCCCUUCGGCCUUCAAGACUACAGUGAUGGGAGGAAGACCUUCCCUCGGGCUCGGCGAACGCAGGUUCACGGCUUCCGCUCGCCGGUUAGCUUCAGCCCGACCGAGCAGUCGCCCAGCACCAGCAGCGGCAGCAGUGUCUUCACUCCCGACCUAGAGGAGGCCCCGGGGCCCGCCAGGAGGCCGCGAAGGGGCAGCGACAUUGAACCCAACCAAACCGCUCCAACCCUGUCUGUGAUGGACAUCAGCCCACCCAGCCGCUCUCCACGCGCCCCAACAAACUGGCGGCUCGGAAAGCUCCUGGGUCAGGGCGCCUUCGGACGGGUUUAUCUCUGUUAUGAUGCCGAUACUGGACGGGAACUGGCAGUCAAACAGGUCCAGUUUGACCCGGAGAGUCCGGAGACCAGCAAGGAGGUGAGCGCGUUAGAGUGUGAAAUCCAGCUCCUGAAGAAUUUGUGCCAUGAGCGGAUUGUCCAGUACUACGGCUGUCUGCGAGACACGAUGGAGCGAACGCUCUCCAUCUUCAUGGAGUACAUGCCUGGCGGCUCCAUUAAGGACCAGCUGAAGUCGUACGGAGCGCUGACUGAAAACGUGACGCGCCGCUACACCCGGCAGAUCCUGGAGGGGGUUUCCUACCUGCACAGCAACAUGAUUGUCCACAGAGACAUUAAAGGGGCCAACAUCCUGCGUGACUCGGUGGGUAACGUGAAGCUGGGAGACUUCGGGGCCAGCAGGCGGCUGCAGACCAUCUGUCUGUCAGGAACAGGCAUCAUGUCUGUCACCGGCACCCCCUACUGGAUGAGCCCAGAAGUGAUCAGUGGAGAGGGCUACGGCAGGAAGGCUGAUAUCUGGAGUGUCGGCUGCACCGUAGUGGAGAUGCUGACACAGCGACCCCCGUGGGCAGAGUUUGAGGCCAUGGCAGCCAUCUUUAAGAUUGCCACCCAGCCCACAAACCCCGUGCUGCCUGGCCACGUGUCGGACCACUGCCGAGAGUUCCUCAAACGGAUCUUUGUAGAGACUAAGCAGCGGCCGUCUGCCGAUGAGCUACUGAGGCACAUCUUUGUACAUUAACCCUGCCGAACUGCCAGAUAUGGCCUUACCUGAUGGGGCGACCCUGCAUCUGACCCCGCCCCCUCCGCCUCCACGCUAAAACCAUAUUGGACCAGGAGGAACUGGCUGGAAGAAGGUGGGGUGUGUCGGCGGGUGGGAGGACGCGUACCUGCUCCUCCUGUCUCUGUUUGUAUGAGACUGCCAUAGAGGACAUGAAUCUUUAUUUUAUUUUUCUCCGCAAGUUGCACCUUAAUUUGUCAAACAAGGAGGGGUGGAGCACCUCCUCCUGAGGCGAUGAAAAACAACUCCUUUUUUAUGUUUGUACGGUUUCUCUCUUCAAACGUUGUGGAGUGGGAUAGUGUCAGUGUUGUGGACCUACAGGAGGUGAUGCCUGACUCUCGAGUGGCCCUGCCCCCCCCCAGACCCCAGAAUGUAGUCUCCUGCCAAAAGCCAGAGAUGGUGAUGACCUGGGCCCGCUGCUAUAGACGAAACUAAACCCAGAUGCAGAGAACACUCCCCGAAAACGGUUUCCACUCACCUGCCCUCAUCCUUUUCCUCUCUGUCUUUACACAAUGUCUGUAAACUACCUUCCCUCCUCUUCCUCCGUCAUCUUCGUUCUUCGCCGUGUGCCUUUUCUGUUUUUUAAACGCAGUGUAGGAGUGAGUCUCGGGUUCAUGGAUGAUCUCCGUUGUUCUUUGCCACAAGGUUUCUCAGUGUUGUUUUGCCUCCCGGAUAAACUGCCUUCGCACCGUUAGCCCAAAUAUAGCUGAUCCCAGUUCAGCUGUAAUGUCCGUUUCUGCCUUUUCUGUAACGGGGACUCCUGGUGUUGAGCGGGAGCCUCCCGAUCCCACCUGCUCUACCGGCCUGCUCUGGCUGGUAACCAAGUAACCUUCAGACUUUCUGAUUGGGAGAACUGGCCGUGCUGGUUUAUUUGUACCAGCUAACUGGUACUCGGACAGGGUUUGGUACUCCUGCUUCAGUCUUUAGAGAUGGCAUCAGCGACUUUUCUCUUCAAAUGCACCCUUCUCUCCUCUGCUUCUCGCAGUAUUCUCUGAUCAGAUUGGUCGAGCUCUUGUCAUGGCAUGGCUGUUGAUAAAUGUUGGGACGUUACUGCUACUCAUGCAGUCGUUUCAGCAGCUCACAUUCUGGAAAUGUACAAAUGAGUGGCGAUGACUGGUGAGCAGAAAGUCUCAUUCAGUCACUGGAUGUAAACUCAAGUGUGUCAUGAACUAGUCGACGGUCAGAUCCAGUCAUGACUGACUUUUGUCGCUGUUAAAAGAUGUUGAUAUAGACUAAAUGAACUAGAGCUGUGUGAAUAUUUACAGUCAUCUAUGAAGGUAAAUUGAAUAUCUUUGGAUUUUGGACGAUUGGUCAAGAGAACCUAAAUAUGUAAUGUGCAUUUUUAACUGUUUUCGGACAUUUUAUUUACUAAACAAUCAAGAAAAUAAUUGAAUGAAAGUGAUCGCUAGUUGCAGCUCUGAAAUCAACAAAAUGAUUAUUUAAAUCAGGAAAUAUUUUCCCAAAAGAAUCUGACCGUUGGUGCUUUCUGUAAUUCAGCCAUGACUUGAUUACUUGAGGCAGGAGAGAGGCGUGUUUGAAGAGUGGCGGCCUGCUGCGAGGCAAGAAGCUCCCAGCUGAUUGGCCGGAGGUCUGGCUGUAUGACGCUGUUGUAGUUUGAUUUCAAACUAGACGAAGGUAGAGCGAUUAGCCUGGACGUUUCUCUCGGGCUCAUAAGCUGCUCAUCAUUUAACCUACAGGUACAUUUACAGGUAACACGUCUCUUCAUUUGCUGCAAUCGGUACCUUUCUGUUUUUCCAUCACUGUGCCAUAUCGGAGAGACGUCAGAUAUUUUAUGUUUCAGCCUCACAUGCACUCCUACGGAUUAGACUCCCACUUGAAGACGUUUACAGUAUCUCACAGCUUCGUUGCUUUACAACAAUCAGCGCUGCAGUCGCUGUUGUUGCCAAAUCAGAUGUUGACUCGUCACGUUAGCCACAAACACUCCGUUCAACACGUGUUGGUUUCCUCCUGGGCCGAGCUUCCAUACCGUCUGUCUGUUGAAUAUGACUUACUGUUCAUAGCACUGGCUCUAUAACUAUGCACCAGUAAGAUGUAAAGCGACUGCACACAGCGGACAGCAGGACUAAGUUUCUACAACCAGUGACUCCUCGGCUGAUGUUGACCGUUUUGUCCGGGUCUUUUUGGGCAGCUCUGUUAGCAACUGUACGUUCCACCUACAUGCACACUAAUUUCAUCUGAUUCAUGAUGUACUCUUCAACAUGAUCGAUCAUACCUUCAGUAUCGCCUCAUUCUGCUCAGCUCUUUAGGUUAUAAAAUGCCUUUAAUAUUCGUUUAGGUAGCAGAAACCCAAAUGAUGAAGUAAUGAGGUGUAGAAAAAUGUCUUUACUUCAAACCAUUUAGAUGUUUUGUUGUUAAUCUGACAGAAUAAUCCGAGUCUUUGUGUGUGUAAGUAUCUGCUGCAGCUGCACGUUUAACAGAAGAAAUAGUAGGAUUUAAACAGACAGUAUCUAAAGCAUUUCUCUUGUGUGUGUUCAGGUCAAAUCUGACGGGAAGCUGGAGUGUUUCUGCUCUUUAAAGGAGCAAUCAGUCAUUUCUUACCGGCACAAUUAACUGUAACCUCAGUUACUUUAUUUGUUGUGGCUUUCUAAACAAAUUGGGAAUUCUCCAAACUCCCACACCCACUGAACUACUCACCGAACUGCUAACUCAAGUGGCACCACCUCACGGGAUUGGUUUACUACUUGAUGGGAACAUAAAUAGUGGGGGAUAGUUAUCAGGUGUCUAAUGGUACGAUACAUAAUGCAUUUUUGGAGGUCUGAGUUUGGUAUGUUUUUGGUACACUGUAACAAUUUAUUUCUAUAAUAAUUUAAAAACAUUUCCAACAAGUUUCCUAAUUUCCUAAUCAAGUGAAUUAUGCGUUUGUUGUUGUAGUUCCCAGCAGCGGCCACUAGAUGCUAGUAAAGAGCCGUAUUUCACCUUUUUAAAAGCAGGAGGAAAAUAGUUUUGCUCAUCAAGCCUUUACUGCUUUGUGAAGGUCAGUUUGAUGAUUUACUGUCAUACACUUUAAUCACAGCUCCGGAUUUUCUCUUAAGGCACUUGUUUAUUUCGUCUGAAAGAUUCAGACUUUUGCAGCUCUGUGGUAAAUGUUCAGCUGCGGCCGAUGGAUCCACACAGGUUGUUGAAACUGAAACAAACUCCUUCUAAACUCAAUUUAUGCAUUUUCAAAUUGGUACGUGUCCAGACGAAGCUACAGCAGAGAAACAUUAGUGGUUGUAUUGAGUUUGAGGCGGCUUACAGUUAACUGUCUGUUGUAAAUGCCGCCAGCACUGGUAAACCUUGAUACGCACUACCAUUAUGCACUAUCUUUGAUUCACUGAUGCUUUUUCACGAUUCCUCGUCGGCUGUCGCUCGUGCAGCUCCGUUCAGCGAACUUUUCUUUGCACAUUUUAAAGACUAUUUUUUAUUUUUACACAAGUGUGAUUGUGAACGGAUGUGUGUGUGUUAGCGAAGACUCAAUACAUGAAUGUAAUGUCAACUUUUUUUACCGUCAGAUGGCCUCAUUCACCACCGUGGUUUAACUCCUUGGUACCAGUAUUUGUUCCCUGCAAUCGCCAAGAUACACCUGUAGUUCUCUUUAGUGUCUAAAGCCACUGCUGCCACUCCUGAGUGUGUAUGUGUGUGUAUGUGUGUGUAUGUGUAUGUAUGUGUGUGAGUGUGUGUAUUUGUGUGUGGGUUUGUAAACGUGCAUUUACUGCAAUUUGUGCUCUUUGGACACUGCGCCCAAAAUGCCUUGAGCAUUCUGACUGUAGGAGGGGAGAACAUUAAAAUAAUGAUAGUUAAAAAAUCCAAUAAAUUAAAAAAAAUCAUGUACAAAUGUAUAAAAUGAAAAUGUACCCUUUUUUUAAAAAAGAAAAGUCCACUUAUAUCCCAUAUGUUUGGUCUCUGUGUAUUGUAAAAGAAGCCAUGUUUAUAAUUCUAAUUGGUUUGUGACCAAUACGCCUGUUUAUAUCAGAUCUGUAUAUCAGUGGUACGCAUAAUUUUUUAAUAUAUAUUUUUUAUUUUACUUUUUUUUAAAUGGGAGAUUUUAUGCAUGGUUGGGUCCUGAGAGACGCAGCGGUGCCGUUGAAUGGUUGCUGUUUUUGGCAAAAUUCUGGAGUAUUGCGACAGCUCUGUGUUCAUAAUUACAACAAUUAUGAGGAUGAAAAACAAUAAAAGAUAUUUAUUUCA